AUGGAACGUUCUUUAACACCCAUGCUGGUUGACGGAGAAAACCCGGCAAACUCACCAACUCGUCUACACUCCACCAUCAUCAUAAUCGCCUCGACAACACUUGUCUUUACAGGAUGCGGAAUUAACUUCGCAUUCGGUGUCUUUCAAGAGCUUUACGACUCCAUGUCGAAGGAGCCAAACACCCCGUUCACCGGCGCAACACCGGCGCAGAUUGACCUUAUCGGUACUCUCUCAAUCGCACUGAUGACAAUAGGUGCGCCAUUCGCAACAGCUUGGACAAAGCAAUACCCCCCUCGAUAUGUCAUCUGGGCUAGCGGAAUAAUUCAUUCAAGCGCUCUGUUGUUUGCAAGCUUCAGUCAACACCUGUGGCAAUUCAUCCUCACCCAAGGCAUUCUGCUUGGUAUGGCCACGUGUCUAACUUACAUGCCAUCUGUAACCGUGGCACCGACCUGGUUCACAUUGCACCGUGGACUAGCCAUGGGCAUAAUCCUCGCGGGAACCGGGAUCGGCGGUGUUGCCUGGCCCCUCGCCUUUCGAUACCUCAUUGAGUCUCUCGGAUUCCGCAAUACACUUCGCGUCACGGCGGGGAUCUCCUUCGCACUCAUUUGCGGAUCAGGGACCUUUAUACGCUGGCCUGCUAGUCAGAUCACCCGUAUUCAAGCCGAGAACGCCGCUUCUUCCCGGUCUUCUACAUUUUUCCGCCUUCCGUUGGUGGACUGGCGCGUCGUCCAAAGCCGCAAAUUUGUUGCCCAUGCUCUGGGUGCAGCAUUGCAGUCCGCUGCAUACUACACGCCGGUGUUCUUUUUCGCUUCUUUUGCUCGUACACUAGGCUACUCACAGGCAACGUCUGCAAACUUCAUUGCCAUCUCUAAUGCUGCAAAUGCGCUAGGCAAGAUCGUCAUCGGCCAUGCAGCUGAUCGUAUGGGAAGACUCAACACAUUGGUAUUAACAACCCUCAUCUCAGCAGUGUCUGUCCUCGCAUUAUGGCUUCCCUCGUGUCUAUCCGCCACACAAUCUACCGGGAGCACACUGUUCAUUGCAUUCACGAUCUUCUAUGGCGUUUUUGCUUCAGCAUACGUCGCUCUUUUCCCGACGAGCCUAGUAGAGUUGUUCGGUGUACAGAACUUUGUCAGUGUCAAUGGUUUGCUGUAUAUGGUGCGAGGAUUAGCGACAUUAGUUGGAACCCCAGUUGCGGGUGCACUGAUCCGCGGAAACCACGAGAAGAGUGUCGGUCCGCGAAGCUACGAGAAUACUAGCAUUAUGGUCGGUGUAUUGCUGGUUGUGGCGACAUUGGCUGUGGUUUGGGCGCGACUCGAGGCUACCCUUACCCUAGAUUCUACCGUGGGGCGCCGAAUGAAGUGGUUGAUGUAA